ACAUAUUUUUUUUAAUCUUUAUUGCCACAAUAGAAAGAGCAGGGUCAGGGAGGAGACAGUGGACCAGAGGCCAGCAAGGAUGAUCAUGCAGGGUCUUUACAGGUGAGAAGAGAAUAUAACUGGCUGAGAAAAAUAUGUAGAGCAUAAAAGUGACUUUGCGAUCAAUUUCCACAGCUAUGUCACCACUACUAUUCUUAAUCCUAUUAUAAAUUUUGCUUUGCACAUUUAUUAUCUAUAUUAUUACAAUAGAUAGAAGAGGGACAGGGAGAAACCAGGCAGGUAUCAGGACAGGGACCUGACAGCAGCACCAAUUAUCAGCCCAAGGCAUCACAGAAAAUCCUGUAGAGAUCCACAAGAGAAAGCUCUUCCUGUGGUUCAGCCACCUUCCUCAGGAGGAGAAACAGUUUGGUGGUUACUUCAGCCCAGAGACCAUGCAUGUGGAUCCACUGAUCCUGGAAAGAAAUGCUGAGGAAAGGGCAGUACUGCUCAGUUCCCCUCUCCAAACCCACACUUCAUCCAGCCAUUCUGUGACUGUGGAACAGCUGUUUGAGCCCACAAAUGCCAGCAGUGAGGGCCGGGGGCUCAAUGUGGUGCUGUAUGGCGCUGUGGGAACAGGAAAAAGUACCGUGGUACGAAAGCUGGUGCUGGAUUGGUGCAGUGGGACCACCCUGACCCACUUCAAGCUGCUGGUUCCUUUCUCUUGUGAGGACCUAGGCCAACUGUCAAAGGUAGCGUCCUUAAGGGAUCUGGUGAGCAGGAAGUACCUCCACCUGAGAAAAAACCCCCUGCUUAGUGGGGAGGGAAACCAGGCCAAAAACGUGCUCUUCCUCUUUAAUGGGAUGGAGAAGAUGAACCUGGACUUCAGAAUUGGAGCCACAGAGCUUUGCAGUGAUCCCAAUGAGGUGCUUCCUCCAAGUGUAGUGGUGGUCAACCUGCUGAGGAAAUACCUCCUGCCUGAGGCCAGCAUCUUGGUUACCACCAGACUGUCUGCCCUGGACUGUAUUCCUCAGAAGUAUGUGAGUCGCUAUGCACAGAUUUGUGGCUUCAAUGAUCCAGACCGUCAGCGAGCCUACUUCACCAGCCGCCUACUGCAGCAGAGUGGGGAGAUUUCACGUAACCAUGAGGCCCAGGCUCUUAUAGAGCUGCUCUACCUCAAUCUUCAGAGAGAAAGCCAGCUGGCUACAGCUUGCUUCCUCCCCUCCUACUGCUGGCUCACGUGUGCCACCUUACACUUCCUCCAUUUCACAGAUGCUAAAGCACCCAUCCGCACACUGACUGGCAUAUACACUAGUUUCCUCAGGCUCAACUUUGGCGGUGAGGUGCUGGGCACAAGGACAGGGACAAAUGUACCCAGUCAGGAGCACCAGAGUUCUCUGAUGUUAUAUGUAGUCCGUACAGUUGGGAAACUUGCGUUUGACGGUGUAACAUACAAACGCACGUCGUUCUCAGAAAAGGAACUGGAGCAGUGGAUAGGAGGAAAGACCAAGACAGAUGAGGAGCUACAUCAGCUGGCCAUGUUCCGGACUGACGUGCUAGACUUCUUCUUGGCUCCCUGUGUACAAAAUGCCAAGCAUUUAUCCGAAGAGCCCAGUCAGAAUGAUGAGAGACGGUAUGUAUUUGCUGUCCCAGCCAUGCAGGAGUAUCUGGCAGCCCUCUAUGUUGUUCUAGGAGAGAAUAAAUCAGCUCUGGAGAAGCUGAGUAGGCAGGUGUCUGUGGCAAUUGGUCAGGCAAGUGAGGAUGUCAGUGCCCUUGUCAACAUCCUUUCUAAGUUCAUCCCCCUCAGAGUAUUUGCCAUAUUCAACCUCCUUAAGCUUUUUCCAAAACUCUAUGAGAAAAUCAGCGGUCACAAUAAAGGCAGCAUUGCCAAAACGAUGGCAGCUGAGAUGUUCCGCACCGAGGAUAGUUACAAUGAAGAUGUCCUGGAUCAGGUGGAGCAAAGCCUUCUAGGAGUCCAUGGCCCGCAGCCACAGCAGUACAGUGAAGGCCAGCCAUUUGAGCUCUAUCCCAUCUUUAUGGGUGGACUGCUGCAUUAUGGUAACCGUGUGCUUCUCCAGCAACUUGGCUGCAGCAUUAAGAGCACCACUGUGGCCCAGAUCACAAAUGCCCUUCGGAAGUACCUUGUCAGAGAGCUGAGCAAGCCACAGCCACCAGAGGAGCUGAUGGAUCUACUGGUCCUUCUGUACGAGUUUCAGAACCCCCGACUGACUGCAGAGGUCCUGGCUUCAAUCCGAACCAUCCGUCUCACCAACAUUCGUAUGACCUCACUCAAAUGCUUCAUACUAAGCUCUGUGCUCUCAUGCACCCCUGCAAGUUAUCACCUUGAAGAACUGGACCUGUCCUCCUGUCUCCUGACUCAUAACAUGCUUCAGAUGCUGUGGCCUGCCUUCAGACACACACAUAACCUCAAUCUGCAGUUUAACAGCCUGGGUCCCGAGUCCUGCAUCCUCUUGAGAGAUCUGCUGCUAGACCCCAAAAGUUCUAUCAGAGCUCUACAACUGUGUGACAACCCUCUGCUGGAGUCUGGAGCCUGCACCCUGCUGGAGGCUUUACCAGAGAACCAGUCCCUGACACACCUGACCCUGAUGCACACUGGGCUGGGGGACCAGGGGGCCUUGGAGCUUGCUGAGAAGCUCCAGCAGCACACAGCACUCCAGGAGCUCAAUGUGGCUUAUAACAACAUUGGAGACAAUGCUGCCCUGACUCUAGUGGAUGCCUGCAGGGAACAUCCCAGCCUUCAUACUGUGCACUUGUAUCUGAACCCUCUCAGUGAUGUGGGAAAGCAGUCCCUGUAUGUCCGAGGUGUACCCAAGAGCCACAGCGGUCGGCGGGUUAAGGUCCUGGCUUCAGUCACUGAGGGCUCAGACAUCUCAGAGGACUGGCACCCCAUCCUCAGUGUGAUACGGGAGAAUGCCUCAUCCUGGGACCGUGAACGUGUCAAGCAGCAGCUUAAGGUUUUCCUUAGGGAUCUGGAGUGGGGGCGUCAGCAGCAGCAGAGCCUCUGGAAAAGGCUGCACUUUCGGAGGGUGGAGAAGGGCGUCCGGCAGACUCUACAGAUGCUAGAGAAGAACACUUUACCUCCAUCCAUGGGAUAAAGCCAAUAACCAAUAAACACCAAGAGGUGAAAGACCAGUGAAUACCUAUAGCAGUAUAUCAGGCUGGAAUCUGAGUGUUUCCACACAGGAGAAAAAUCUGCAGCUAGUCUAAACUGGAGGUACAGGAGAUGUAUCUUCAUUAUUAUAAAGAAGAUGACCUCAUUCAGUGAUAUUUACAGAGCAGUUUAAAGAGACUCCCUGAAUUAGUUUUAGCACUUCCUUAACUUGGACCUUUCAAAAUGUCAGCAGAGAGCUGAAAAUCAUAUACAUCAAGGUUUUAACCAAUUUUUGCUGCAAUAUGCAUUUCAGUUCUGUCUGUUGUGAUGGUCAUGUGAUGCUCCGGAACAAAGAUGAGCAGCUUGACACCCAUGCCCCUGUAUGUAUGAAAAAUAUAGUGACAGACCUCUGAAUUGACCGCAGGUUACAGUGAGGCAAACUACUGACACAAUUCAGUGGAUGUGCAGAAAAAUUUAAGCUUUGUAGGACGAAGUGGUGAUUUAGUUUGAUUUUUUUUUUUUUUUUUUUUUUUAGUUCGGAAUGUAAAAUGUUUAGAAAUUAGAUUUGUUGUUAUAAGCCACGCCCACUUUAAGCACUCAUUACCAAAUUUUAUGCAUUGCCAGAGGCAUGACUCUAGGACCGAAUUUGUGGUGCCCCCUAGUGGCAGAAUAUGCCAAGACUGCGCAGCCAAGCUCAGACCUAGCAUCCAAACAUGUGCACCAAGUUUGGUUACUGUCACUUAAAGGUCCAAUGUGUCAGAUUUAGGGGGAUUUGGUGGUAUCUAUUGUUGAUGAUUGCAGAUUGCAACCAGCUAAAACUUCUCCCAGUUAGAAUUCCUCCAGUGUUCAUUGUUCAGAAAGUUUUUACUGUGAGCCUAAUUAUUCACACAGGUCUCUUCCUUUCCAAACAAAACACUGAGUAAAGCACUUUAAAACAGUGUUUUUCCAGCACAGCACAUCACAUAAUGGCUGCUUGCUACAAUGGCCAAUGCAAAAAUGCAAAUGUCCCUCUCUAGAGCCAGUGUUUGGUUUGUCCAUUCAGGGCUACUGUAGAAACAUGGUGGUGCAUCAUGGUGAUCUCCAUAAACUAUGAGCUGCUCCCUGUGUAGAUAUAAACGUCUCAUUUUAAGGUAACCAAAACACAAAGAUUAUUAUUUUCAGGUGAAUAGAGAAUAAAGACAACACACUUAUAUUAUAGUCCAUUUAUGCUGAUAUAUCCCCCUAAGUGCAACACACUGGACAUUUAAGCCAAUUAUGAUUUAUCAGUAUUUAUGUAAAAUUGAACUUAAAGUCAAGUCUGAAAAUGUAUAACUUAUUACUGACUGACAUGUAAAUUUCCUUGAUAAAUUAAGAUCACCGAAGUCUGUAGAUGAUCAUGGCAAAUUUUCACGAUAAUUGGCCCAAAGGUUUCUGACGAGUUUUCGAAAAUAGGAUUUUGAUAAUAUUGAGGAAAAAAGUCAUAAAACUAGAUUUUUUUGAGACCAUUUGAGCAAAGAUGCAGAUGAACUGAGAGAUUUACAUGAUGAAAGAAUUUUGAUUAGACCAAACUGUUGUUCACGAUAAUUGCAAAAAAGUAAAUUUGAUCAUUACAGUGCCACCUUGAGGUCAAUGAGUAUCAUUUUAUGUGCCUGAGAAGUAGGUGGAAUUUGCAGGACUUUUUUGCUGCAUGAACACUUUUAGCGAAGAACAAGAACAAUAGGGCUCUGCUUGAACCCCUAAUGAACAUUAAUACAUAUUAAAGCUGCAAGCAGCAUUGGGCGGGACCUCGGACCCUCGCUGUCGGCCUCCAGCUCACGUAGACGGUGUGAAUUAGCCUAUUCGUAGGAGUUGAAAUGUCGAUAAAACAAGCAGUGUCAAUAGAACGCAAGGUCAUUUUUGGCAAUAAACCCAUGACUUGGGAGUAGAACUUUGAUGGCUUCUGAAAACCAAACUACUGACGAGGACAUCAAUCAAUCAAUCAAUCAAUCAAUCAAUAAAUAUAAUACCGUUCUUAAUAAACGUGUCGGUAGUCUUCUAUUGAAAAUUAAACAGAAGUAUUUUGAACUUGGAGAUAAACCGGAGAAACUGUUAGCUAGCCAACUUAGAGGUGAAAGGGCUAAACAGGCCAUUCACAGGAUAAAAUCCAAAUCAGGCAGACUCCUAACCAAUCCGAGAGAGAUAAAUGCUUGCUUCAGGGACUUCUAUAAGGAACUGCAUUCUAGUAAAGGCCACUGAAGCAGAUUUCUGUAACUUUUUUGCCAAUUUAAAUGUUCCCCAAUUAGAUAGUGCAGCGAGAGAUGAUAUGGAUGCCCCAAUCUCUAAAACUGACUUUUUGAGUGCUAUUCGAGCCUUCCCCUGUGGAAAAACAUCCGGUCCAGAUGGCUUUGGCUGUCAUUUUAUAAAUCAUUUCAUGACAAAAUAGUUCUGCUCAUGCUGAGAAUGGUGAACGAUUCUAUGAGAAAUAAGACGCUCCCCAGUUCAUUAUAUGAAGCAAAUAUCUGCUUGCUUUUGAAAGGAGGAAGGGAAGAGUUUGAUCUUGCAAGUUACCGACCUGUUGCUCUCUUAAACUGUGAUCUGAAAAUAAUAACUAAAGUCUUGGCUAGAAAAUUAGGUAGGCAUAUUUCCACGAUUGUACACCCUAAUCAGACUGGAUUUAUCCCGGGUCGGUUUUCUUUUAGUAAUGUCCGUUUGCUUUUAAAUACAAUAUACUCAGUGCAUGGGAAAAAUACAUAAAAUUAUUUUCACCCAUUCAAUGAAAUUUUCCCCAAAUCCAAAUUGUUUUAGUGUCUUCAGCAUGUAAGGCUAUUCGAUCUGAUCGAAUGCCUUCUGGGCGUCAAGAGUUUAUCUCUUGACGCCCAGAAGGCAUUCGAAAAUUUCAUUGAAUGGGUGAAAAUAAUUUAUCUUAAAACAGUAUCCUCUAUUCUCACUAAUUCGGAUAGAUCCCAACCUUCUGAGUUGCAGCGGGGUGUAAAGCAGGGCGACCCUCUUUCUCCUCUUCUUUUUGAUAUUACCUUGGAACCACUUGCAAUAGGUAUAAGGGGUCACCCAGGUAUUCAUGGGGUAAAGUUUGGUAAUGUUGAAAGCCUUGUUAAUCUGUAUGCUGAUGAUUUAUUGAUUAGGCACCAAAUUCUUAUGAGAAAGCGUGGAAGCCAUUUUUGGCUUUACUUGAUGAGACCUAAAUGACUAAUGUAUGAAUCAGGCUGCUGUGUGUUUGUAAAAAAAAAAAAAAAAAAAAUGUAUUUUUUUCUGUACUGUCUAAGGUUUUGAUCCUCCUCUCUGGGUUUUCGUCUUUUUUUUUUUGAGUGUGUGUUUGUUUUUUUAUUUUGUUUUGUUUUUUAUUCAUACCCCUGACGGUAUCAUGAGAGGAAGCACAGGACUACUUUGGUUAUUAUAUAUACCCUCAUAUAGCCUCUGUCUUUCUUUUUAUUACUUUAAUUACUUCAUGUAACAAUGUCAGGUGCUGUAUACCUAUUUUGUAUGUAGGUUUUUUUCUAUUUUUUUGUAAAACAAAAGUUAAAAAAAUUAAAAUAAAAUAUUUUUUAAAAAAAAUCAAUCAAUCAAUAUCACAAAUCACAAUUUGCCUCACAGGGCUUUACAGCAUACAACAUUCCUCUGUCCUCAGUCCCCAAUGAGACAGAAGGGGAGACAGAGAGAGAUGCAGGACAGACGGUAAUGACAGUAGCUUACAACAACAUUAAUGAAAGUAAUAAUAUAAUGAAAGUAAUAAUAUUAUAAUUAUAAUUCUGGCUAUUGUGGUACAACAUGUUGAAAGUAUAUAUUAAUAUCUGAUAGUAUACAUAUGUGACAAUAAUCAUAUGUGUAUAAUAACAGUAGAAGUAUGACACAGACAGACACAGAGACACACACAUACACAGACACACACACAGGCUUGUUUCAACACUUCCUGUUGGAUUUAGUCAGUGGUGUGAGCACAUGAUUUGUAGGUCUUGAUGAGACGAACAAGCUAGUUUUGGUUUGGUCUUUCUACAGGAUUCCUACUGGUCGCAGCGGGCAUUUUAGUGUGUGUAGGUGGCACAAAAAUCGUCAUGAGGUUUUGUAACAUGUCACCUUUGAAAGGCCAUAAAAUCCAAACCGUUCGAGUAAUGAAAAAGUUGUACAGAUGAUUUGUUUCCCGGGGGUUGAUCUGUCAGGGUUGCGAGUUUGAAGCCAAUACGAUAAACGGUGUAGGAGGAUUUGUUUUUUUAAGGAUUUUGAAGAAAGAGCAUUUUUGAGGCAAAAUCUUACUUUGAAAGGGCAAAUAGCUCAUUUCCUGUUGGGUUUAGGUCAGGGGUGCAAGCGCGUUAUUUGUAGGUCUUGAUGAGACGAACAAGACAGUUUUGGUUUGAUCUUUCUAUGUCAUUCCUAAAAGCCACAGCGGCCAUUUAGAUUCUAUCCUCCCCAUUCAUGUUUGCAAGUGCGACACUUUGCGGGCCAUCGCACUUAGGAUUUAAGGACUUUUCCCAUUCACUUGAAUUGGUGAGUCCCGAAUUUCAAGAUCUUGCAAAUAUGGCCCGAGUUAGACGCUAGGAAUGGGUGAAGUUCACUAAGUGGCCACCAGGUGGUGCCAUAGCGCCAAAAGGGAGUCCAUAAAUACAAGUUUCGAAGCCGUAAUUACAAGGACAGUUAGAUCCUUCUUGAGUAGCACGUCUGAGCGAGAGUCUGGGGCCCCAGAGCACAGCCUGGGCAUGGGGAGCUUGCAAGAGACUGCUUGGGAACACGAAGUGCCCACCUGGUGGGUGCUGCCAUAGCGCCAAAAGGGAGUCCAUAAAUACAAGUUUCGAAGCCGUAAUUACAAGGACAGUUACAUCCUUCUUGGGUAGCACAUCUGAGCGAGAGUCUGGGGCCCCAGAGCACAGCCUGGGCAUGGGGAGCUUGCAAGAGACUGCUUAGGGACACGAAGCGCCCACCUGGUGGGUGCUGCCAUAGCACCAAAAGCGAGUCCAUAAAUACAAGUUUCGAAGCCGUGAUUACAAGGACAGUUGUAUCCUUCUUGAGUAGCGGGUCUGAGCGAGAGUCUGGGGCCCCAGAGCACAGCCUGGGCAUGGGGAGCUUGCAAGAGACUGCUUGGGGACACGAAGUGCCCACCUGGUGGGUGCUGCCAUAGCGCCAAAAGCCAUUCCAUAAAUACAAGUUUCGAAGCCAUAAUUACAAGGACAGUUACAUCCUUCUUGAGUAGCGGGUCUGAGCGAGAGUCUGGGGCCCCAGAGCACAGCCUGCGAAUGGGGAGCUUGCAAGAAACUGCUUGGGGACACGAAGUGCCCACCUGGUGGUGCCAUAGCGCCAAAAGCGAGUCCAUAAAUACAAGUUUCGAAGCCGUAAUUACAAGGACAGUUAGAUCCUUCUUGAGUAGCACGUCUGAGCGAGAGUCUGGGGCCCCAGAGCACAGCCUGGGCAUGGGGAGCUUGCAAGAGACUGCUUGGGGACACGAAGUGCCCACCUGGUGGGUGCUGCCAUAGCGCCAAAAGCAAGUCCAUAAAUACAAGUUUCGAAGCCAUAAUUACAAGGACAGUUACAUCCUUCUUGAGUAGUGGGUCUGAGCGAGAGUCUGGGGCCCCAGAGCACAGCCUGCGAAUGGGGAGCUUGCUGGAGACUGCUUGAGGUCUGUGGACAAAAGUCCAUAAAUACAAGUUUCGAAGCCAUAAUAACAAGGACAGUUUUGUCCCCCCAGAGCACCGCCUGGGGCUUUUUAGGGGGUGUGGGAUAGAGCCUGGUAACCCCCAGGUGAUACAGACUUGUAAUGUUUAAAAUCCACUUUAAAGACCAGGUUUAAAAGGUUUUAAAUCUGAAAGUUGACAAAAAGUCCCGUCCAUUUUGGGAAUCCCCACCCCCCUUUACGAUUGACUCCUUACCUUGGCCAAUAAAAGAACAUCAAGUACUAUAUAAGCUCAGUAUUUGACACCAAUCUUCACAGAACACUGAUGACGAGCAGACAACAUUAAAAGCUAGUAAGGCCGUAAUUUCAAGGACAAGGACAAGGACUCUUGGUAAUGUAUAUUUUUUAUUACUUAAUAAAGUCAAGUUGUUUUAAUUGUUAUUUGAAUAACUUAACAACUUUAUUACUAAACUUUAUUACUGAAGUAUUAUAAAGUAAUAAUUUCAACAAUUUUAUUCAAUUACAAUAAAAGUUAAAAAUAGAAGCAGACCUGUAGCUAUGUUUAAGGCAAGCAUUACCAGUUUUUGAAAGAUUACAAGGCUGGAUUCGUAAUGAAUUAUCCAUAUAAGUUUGUUGUUUGGUUCUUUAUUUUAUGGACAUGUGGCAGUGAACAUGAGGAGAUGUCCUGCAUGCCGGGUAAACUAUGCCAAUGUCUCUGAACACCUUCAGGAUGUCCAUGGUGUCACCGACAAAGUAGAGAGGAGGCUCCUCAUCUCAAUGCAAUCUGGACGAUAUGCAGGACCACUUCCCUGCCCUGAGGCACGUUGCAACAACAAGAUGUUUGUCCGGCUUGACAGGCAUCUAGCAAGUGUCCACAAAGUGAUGGUAUGUUUUUUUGCUCGCUAAGUACUUGCACACUUCCAAAUGGCAAUAAUAUGUUCUGUGUUAACA